AUGUGGUGACGUGUCGGGAUGACCCCUGUAAGCACGGAACCUGUACCGACCAAGGGACAAGCUUUCUAUGUACCUGUGACGAGAAGUACACCGGAGUGACCUGUGAUUCACCGUUGGUUCCAGAGGAAACUUCCGAGCUCCUUCUUCCGGAAUGGCUUUCAUAUUUGGAGUACGCAGUGGUGACAAUGGUGUCCCUGACAGGUAUAAUGGUGUUAGGGUGUCUCUGCCUCAGGUGUUGUCAGGUCCUCGGCGUCUCUGACGACGGCGACAGUGAUGAAGACGACGAACAGGGACACACAGAGGAUUUAGUGAUUCUACAGAAUCGACCCAAACCGAUGGGAUUCAACAGGGACAGAGAAAAUAUGUUUUAG